CUCUCUUUCCUCUAUGUAUUAUACUCCCUCCUGUAGGUUCUCUCCUCGUGUGUGCGCGGUAAACACACAUCGGGUCAACGACACCCCGCGGAGCGAUAAAGAGCGACGUGGGUGAGGGGGGAGGGCCGCGAAGAAGCCAUGGAUCAUGUGACAGUGACGAGAGGCGUGCACGAGUAAACGAGGAAUCGUGUGGACCGAAAGAAAAAAAAGUACAGAGCCGUACGUAAGGUAACACCGAAGAGGAGGCCGAAAUCUAAGGGGCAUGGCUCCGUAUCAUAGCUAUGUCCUCGUGCUAUUGGUCGCGACGCUCCUCGCUCGGGACAUUCGUGGUAACGAUACAACCCCCGCGAGUUAUCCCAACGACCACCCAAGCCAUCUGCAUCGCGCGCCUCCACAUCACCACGGCCACCACAGGUAUCCGAAUUCUCCUAGCUGGACAUCGUCGGGGCGGCACAACGCGCACGGGGUCCAGUACCCGCACGGCCGACACAACCACGAGUCAUCGUUGCGCCGGGACCCGCUGAUCGGCUUCCGUAACCUCGUGCGCUACUCGUCAACGACACCGGCCGCUCUCACGAUACCACCCUCGAGAUUUAGCUUUCCGCCCCUACCUGGGAGCACGACGACAACGAGGUCUACAACUCCAGCGAGCACCACGUCGAGGAACGGAGUGAGGCCACUGGGGUACCAGCGCUCCAGUGCUCUAGCUUUGGAGCCGAGCGCGAGCAGAAGCGUGGCUUACAGCUCCGUGGUGCGUCCCGAUGCCCAGCACGUUCGGCCGCAGCAACAGAACCUCGGGCCGAUCUACCCGAACGUGGUUACCACGACUACGAGCGUCUACAGCAAGUACCAUCCCGGGAGGAGAGUGUGCUCCACGACUUCCUCUCUGGCACAUCACAGGAGCCGGCAAGCCAGGCUGGUCUACGCGGAUCUGCCGUCCGGAUUCCUCUGCUGCCCCGGCUGGAUGCAGGUCACGCGAUUGAGCUUCGGCUGCAACAAACCUGUGUGUUCGCUACCCUGCCAGAACGGCGGAGUCUGCUCGGCACCCGGCAAAUGCACCUGUCCCAAGGGAUACUCCGGCAUCUACUGCCAAACGGACGUGGACGAGUGCGUAACUGAAAAACCAUGCGACCAGACCUGUAGAAACGUACCUGGCAGCUACGAGUGUUACUGCAGAAGUGGGUUCGAAUUGCAACCCGAUCGCCACUCGUGUCGAAAGAAUGAUAGCGACGGCACGGCACUGGAGGCGCGAGACUUGGAGGAGGAUUUCGAGGAGGAAACGACAACGACGACCACGAAACGGCCGAUACUGCGCGAUACGGAGAACGAGGUUGCCGAAGAAGUGGAGGAGAGCAGUUACGAGGAGCUGCUCAGGAGACUUGUCAAGCUAGAAAAGCAAUUUGCCAAGGGGAAGAAAAAGGAGAUGGAUACUAGUGAAAUUACCGCCAGGAUAGCCUCAGCCAUCGAUAGUGUUAAUGAAAUCCGAAGGAGUAUUCAAAAUAUGCAAGCGAUGCAGCAAGAACUCUACGAUUUGCGAAACAAAAUCAAAUUGUAUGAGUUCGAGACGAGGAAAAUUCAACACUUGAGCAACAGAGUGAUUGAUCUUGAAAACCGACUAAGAUUGCGAUGUAGAACUGGUAUAUAUGGUAGUACCUACAUUAGUUAAAUUUAGAUUAUAGUGAUAUUGCUAUAGAAACAAGUAUUUUCGUCAUACGAACAAAAGAUGCGAUCGAUGAAUUGUGAAAAAGAUAUACAUAUUUUAUGAAAUAUGAUUCAAAUGUUGUUGAAACAACGCCAU